AUGAAUGCCUGGAAUCACACAAGUAAGCCUGAUUUCAUCCUCAUGGGGCUGACAGACUCCAGGGAGAUCCAGCUGGUCCUCUCUGUGCUAUUUCUCCUGAUAUACCUGGUCACUGUGCUGGGGAACAUUAGCAUGAUACUGAUCAUCCGUCUAGAUGUCCAGCUUCACACUCCAAUGUAUUUCUUCCUUACCCACCUGUCAUUCCUUGACCUCAGCUACUCCACCACCAUCACACCUAAAACCUUACAGAGCCUGUUGACUUCCACUAAGGACAUUUUCUUCUUGGGCUGCUUCACACAGAUGUACUUUUUUGUCCUUUUGGCAGCUACUGAGUGUUUCCUUUUGUCUUCAAUGGCCUACGAUCGGUAUGUAGCUAUUUGUAAUCCUCUGCACUAUUCAGUUGUUAUGUCCAACAGAUUUUGCUGUGCCCUCCUUACAGGGUCAUAUGUGUUUGGAGCGGUGGAUUCCACUGUCAAUAUGCUCUGCAUGAGUACACUAGAUUUCUGCAACUCCAAUGUCAUCCAUGACCUUUUUUGUGACACAUCCCCAGUUAUAGCUCUGUCAUGCAGCAAUACACACGAUAUUGAAUUCAUUAUAUUCAUUUCUGCUGGUUCUACACUAUUGUUAUCCCUUAUCACAACAUUUUCAUCUUAUGUUUCCAUUCUCUCUACUGUUGUGAAGAUCAAUUCUACUUCAGGAAAGCAAAAGGCCUUCUCAACUUGUGCCUCUCAUAUCCUGGCAGUCACCAUAUUUUAUGGUACCAUUAUCUUUACUCAUUUAAAAUCAAAUAAGUCCGUCUCCUUGGGAAAGGAUCAAGUGGCUUCGGUGUUUUAUACCAUUGUGCUCCCCAUGCUGAACCCACUCAUUUACAGUCUCAGAAACAAAGAAGUGAAAUGUGCUGUAGGUAGAGUUAUACAGAAAAGAGAAAGAAAUCUGGACAAAUAA